CAUCUGUUAUCCAAAGAUACUGGCAUGUUAUCAUUAUUCUUGCUUACAAGGCCAACAGCAUCUGAACAUUUCUGAAACUGAGCUCCUUGGGGAAUAUUCAGUCCAAUAGUGCUAUUUCAGGUGCAAACGACUUAUAUCGUCUUUUCCUUCACAGGUAUUGAAAAACAUUCGGGGCCAAGAUAAAAUGCGACACUUUGAGAAUGUCUAGGCCGUUGGCACAUAUGGACCACCAUAACUUCUGUAAUGUGCUUUCACGCUUCCGUAGGAUGGUCAUUUUUUCCCGAAUACAAGUACGGCACGUCGGGAAGAGCAAAAGACUAGGGCAAGUUUAUUAUUCCCCGCCUACUGAGUACACAUGCUAUAACGGCUGAACAAUACACUACGUGCUUUGUCCACUAUUUGGAUGACAGAAGAACUGUUCAUGACUAUUACAACUCAGUGAACACUUACAUCCUGUACUGCUGAGACCAGACUUGGCAGUUUCGAGUUAUCAGAGGGUCUUGUGGCUUGAGUUUCUCAAAAUGCCUGGUCCGCGAACUAACUACCAGCGUGCGGCUGGUGUGGCCGCGGCUACAGCACUCGGUUUACCCACUGCAGGGUUGGCUUACCUUCGCUUGAAGUACGGGCCAACCCUGGCUGACGAUGUCGCCAAGUUGUACCAGAGCUACAAAGUGCUGAAACGCCUGCAGCAUGCACAGGACAACAGCUUCUACAUGGUGGACUUCUUUGAGCUACAUGCGAAGGAGACACCAAACAGGCCGUUUCUGCUUUACGGUGAUGACACGUACACGUACGGGGAUAUGGACGGGGAAGCAAACAAGCUAGCUCGAUUUGUGAUGAGGCAUGGAGCCCUCAGUUGUAAGGACUCAGCAGCAAUCCUAAUGCAUAAUGAGCCUGGCUUUAUCGUCAGCUGGUUGGCCUUUGGCAAAUUGGGUGUUCGGACGGCUUUCCUGAACUACAACCUCAAAGGACGGGCCUUACUUCAAUGCAUCAAGGCAUGCAAGGUGAAAGCUAUCAUGUGUGGGAAAGACACUCAACUCUUGGAAAAACUGGAGACCAUCAUGCUGGAAAUUCAGAACCUUGGAAUCCAGGUGUGGGUCUUGGGCAAGGUCACCGAGCGCCCCCUGCCGUCUGGAACGACACAGGUCAACACGUGGAACGAGCGAAGCGAUCCAAUCCCCAAGAGUGCUCGAGACGGAAUCGGGGCCAAUGACCCGUCUGUGUAUAUUUUCACCUCUGGAACAACAGGUUUCCCGAAGGCAGCCAGGGUGUCCCACUAUCGGUCUUGUGGUGGUAGUUUUGUCUUGUCAGCGGAGACCCAGAUGGAGAGUUCGGAUAUUUUUUAUAUUACACUGCCGCUCUACCACAGCAUGGGGUUCGGCAUGGGCCUCAUGACCAGCAUAAUAACAGGAUGCACUGUUGCGCUUGGCACGUUCUCUCCCAAGAUAUUUUGGGACGAGGUUCGCAAGUACCAAGCCAAUGUCAUUUUAUACAUCGGGGAGAUCUGUCGCUAUCUUCUAGCACAACCACCGCGUCCUGAUGAUGGUGAACUAAAGAUUAAAAGAGCCAUUGGCCUUGGAUUACGACCAGACAUUUGGGAGGACUUUCAGAAACGUUUCAACAUCGGUCAGAUUUAUGAGCUAUAUGGAGCAACAGAAAGUCCCUUCAUGAUUGUCAACACAGAGGAUAAAGUCGGCAGUGUGGGCCGAUUAGGCAAUUUCGUAAAGGCGGUAGUUGACGUCGCUGAGAUCGUGAAGUGCGACAUCGAGACGGCUGAGCCUAUCCGUGAUGCCAACGGGAAGUGUAUCCCGGCUGAACCAGGUGAGACGGGUCUCCUCGUGACCAAGGUGAAUGACAUGUACCAUUUUGACGGCUACAUGGCCGACAAGAAAACGAACGAGAAGAAACUGGUCCGGAAUGUCAAGAAAGUGGGAGACGUGUUCUUCAACAGCGGCGAUCUGAUGAUGGCUGACAAGGAGGGUUAUUUGUAUUUCAAGGACAGACUCGGCGACACCUUUAGAUGGAAAGGCGAGAAUGUUGCAACUACCGAGGUUUCCGAAAUCCUAGGGGUAUUUCCCGCCGUUAUUGAAAGCAAUGUGUAUGGCGUCGUUGUCCCAGGGCAGGAGGGUAGGGCAGGUAUGGCAGCUUUGAAGCUCAACAAAGACGUCGAAUUCGACCCCAAGAGCUUGUAUGACUACGUCACCAAGGCUCUGCCCCUCUACGCAUGCCCCAAAUUCCUCCGUAUCACCGAGGAGAUCUUGACGACAUCGACCUUUAAGCACAAAAAGAUCGACUUGGCCAAAGAGGGGUUUGACGUGAACAUCAUCUCCGACCCUCUGUACUUUCUGGACGUAGAGAAGAAGACCUAUGUGCCUUUGGAUAAGGACGUCAUGCGACGGAUUGUGAUCGGCCAGGCCAGACUUUAGGGAGCUGGGCUUUGGCUACAGUACAACCGAGGGAUGACCUAGCAUCCAUCAUUGCAAUCUCCAUUUAAACUUUCACGCUGACAAAUAUUGGUCAUGCCAACUGUAGUGUUACUGGCGGCAUGAAUGUCAUGGAGAGUGCGCUGUUUCACUGAGCACCGGAGUACUGCCAAUGUAAGACUUUGGAACCUAAAUGGCGUUCUUUAUGUGCGCUGUACAGCAUGCAGCUAUUGUGUGCUCAUUUCCAUGUGCACUAAUGAAUAAUCCACCAUAUUGGUUCCAACAAUUGAGACACCCAUGUCACAACUCUCUCUCUAUAAACAGCUCUAAAUGAAGUCGGCCUACCAGGUGGAAUUCACUGGUCCGCGCGCACCUGUUAAUCCUUCACUGAUCUUGAUUGGUGUCGAGACCACGCUGCAAUUACUUAAUGUAAAAUAUCAUCUUUUAUUGCACAAAAAACAAUAAGUACCGUGGUGAAACUUAAUUACAGAAAUAAUGCAGUGAAUAUUAUUAUUAAAUGACAAGUCUCUGUGUUUAAUUUAAAACCCUGCGAGCAGCCACGCCCACAGUCGCUUUAUGUAGUCAGAUAUGAUCAAGAUGUUUCGCACGAACCUAUAACCGACAGCACCGUAUUCAAGCGAGCGUGAUAUAUCACAUAAUUUCUCCAUUAUCUAAUCAUCCACAGGACGAAUCCAUUCUAUUUGAAUGCACGGGAGGGCCAGCAAAUUUGACUCAGAAUUUGCUGAUUGUAAUAUAAUCUUCGAGUCAUUGAAUUCUGCACUAUUUUACAUGAAGUUUUAAUAACGCAUACAGAUGUAUAACGUAUACACCACCCAAUUCAAAUGUUACUCAAACAUUAAAAUUCAACUUAUUUACAUAAAGCUAAUUUAGUAAUGGUUGAAUGACAACAACUGAAUUGCCCUGACUUAACCUUCGUCAGUUUUCGUCAGAUUAAUAAUAAGUUUUAGUCUGUACAAAACACGUCAAGAGCACAAACUAAAGUAGACAUAUUUAAUUCCAUUGUCAAGUUCCUUUAUGGGCACUAUUAAAACAAUAUAACUCGUAAGUUUUUGUAAGUACUUGAUUCUUGAAGAGAAGUCUACUCUCAAACAGGUCGACCAGUAUACCAGUCUAAUACCAUUGGCCCUCCGUUGGUCCUAGGUUGGUUUUUAAGUAUUAUACGUUUAAACGUUUGACAAGAUGUGAAUGCCUGUGCAUUGCAGUUUGAGGCUUUCAAUCCACAAUUUGGGUAUAUCAUUGCAUUGCAGGAUUUAAAGCAAUAAAAGAGUGCGUCGCUUGUGAUCCUGAUGUUU